CCCGGAACUGCAGAGCUGCCCGGCCGCCGCACCGAAGCCGCCGGCCCAGGCCAGCCAGUGCCAGCACCAGCAGCCCGGAGAGCGGGGCUGCGGGCACCGAGGGGCCAGGCAGGGGGGCCAGGCGGGUCCUGCCCCUCAUCCUCAGGUGACCCAGGAGUCCAAGGGCGACUUCGAAGCUGAGCAGCAUCCCCGGUCCAGGGUGAGGUUGGCAGAGGGUUGAACGCUGACUCUUCCCAGGAGAUGGACAGAGUCACCAGGCACCUGGUCUUCCAGCUCCCGCAGACCUCGCACAAGCACAGCCAUAGCGAUGCUCACCAAGCCGGCUCAUUUGCAGAGCAGAGGGCCGACAGCGAUGACGACGUGUUUGACUCUGCUCAACAGAGCAGCCAGGGGGUGGAAAAUGGCUAUGAUGGGAAAACGAGGUUGAAAUCCUCCUCGUGUUUCCUGGAUUGUAGAAGAGAUGUCUGGACCCCUCCGCUGGACCGGGAGUCCAAGCUGGAAGUGGUGAGGUCGGGAAACCUGUACGACCUCAGGGCUUACGGAAGUGAGAGGAAACCCUCGAAGCUUUACGAUGAGGAUGAGCAGGAAGAGGACAGGGUCCCUCCACCAAACAUCUCACCCGAGAAAGCCAGGGAGCUUGAGGACGAGAGGAGGGAGAUCAUCCGGAGCCAGGUGGUGCGGAAGAGCUCCACCAUGGCCAAGAGAUGGAGCUCCAUGGACGAGCUGAGCACCAGCUUUGAUGCUUCCUUGGGGAAGGCAGCAAUGCCUGUUGACUCUGACAAUAUUGACACGGAGCAGAUCAAUUUCUCCGCUGCUCGGCAGCAGUUCCUGAUGCUGGAGAAGACCAGCCCAAGCUCUUUUUUCAGCCUGGGGCAACAGGCCAUGUCUCCAAAGCCAGAGUCGAUGACAAAAGUCUCUAGGCAAGAGUGGCAUAGUCCUGAGAUGGCCACGAAGCCCUCAGGAGGUUAUGGUAAUGCUGGCACAUCCAGCCAGAGCUGGAGAGACAAGACCAUUUAUCAGGCUUAUAGUGUGUCCUACAAGACACCUGUGAAGGAGGAGGUUUAUGAUCCCAGAAGGGCUGAUACUGAAAGGUCAUAUCCCACCGGGAGAACGCCCAGCUUGACUAAAGCAUCUUCCAGAGAGGACGUGGACUCCGGCUUGGGUGAGAUGUACAGCAAAGCCAACGCAGGCUACACUAGCGAUGGAAGCACAUCCAAUGAGAUCUUCAACGGCCUUGUGGAUCUGAAGGCUGACAGCAACGGCCUGGACACGGAGACGAAGGUCAGCAACGAGACACCCAUCGAGCGGGAAAUCCGCAUGGCGAUGGAGAGAGAGGAAAACCUCUGGAAGGAGAGGGGGAUCCAGCGGCUGACCUCCAGCAGCGAGUUGGUGGAGAUCCAGACCAAGCCUCUCCUCUCCACGCACACCUCUCCCAGCCCAGGCAGGAAAAGGAAGAACAAAGGCCGCGCUUCCCUUUAUGUCCAGAGGGAAAUUGAGCAGGAAACCAAGCGUGAGGAAGAUCUGAAGAAGGAAGGGAGGCUGCUAGGGACGUACGACAGAGGGACGCAGCAGGAGCUGGACGAGCGCAGGAGGGUGUUUGAGCAGGAGGAAGCCCCUCCGCAGAAGCCCACCCCCACGAGGAGGGCCGAUGAGCGGAGGAGCUGGGUUAAUGAGUUUGCGGCGGAGCAGCCCACGAGCCACGGCCUCUGCCCCGCAGAAGACACCAGGGGUGGGAGAAGCCUUCCCAGCUCUGCAGUGAGCAUCACGCACUUCCAGAAGUCCCAGCCCCGCUUUGCUGCCAGCGAGAAGAGCCAGGACCAGCCCCUGGUGUCUCAGCACGUUUCCGCCAGAGCCAGGAGACAGAGUAGUGAGGAUUCCUGGGACGGAAGGCUUCCCAGCUCCACCCCGAGCCCCACCGGCAGAGCUGUUCUGCCCAGAGAGUACUUCUUCUUCUCCUUCUGGAAGCCCAAGGUCUCCUUCGUGGAUGACAUGGGGACACAGAACCCGCUAAGGAGGGAGGACGGCCGGCAGGAGCAGUACAAGCUGAGGACCUGGAAGCCCCAGACGCUGGCGCUGAUCGAGGAGGAGAUCCGGAGCGACCUGCAGAGGGAAGAGGAGCUGCAGGAGCAGCGGCGGCGGCGGCAGCUGAUAGACGGCUACUCCCUGGUCGGCAGCAACGGCUUUCCCCAAGAGGGCUCCCACUCACGGCACAGCUCCGCUGCCUCAGGUGUCAGUGGCAGCUACUCGGUGUCUGGGUCUCCCGUCUCCACUCCUGCCUCGCACCAGCCGGGGAUCCUGGGGCUGGUGUCGUCCUUCACCCCGCUGACGGUGGCCGGGCCCUCCCAGGGCAGCACAGAGACCCUCACCCCUGACUCGGCUCAUUCCAGCCCCUUCGAGGAGCGGAGGAGGAGGGUGAAGGAGGACGGAAAGUACGCAGGCAUUGAACCUGUUGACAAGAUCAACACGGAGGUUGUGGAAAGCACCAGAGUGACUCGUCACAAGAGCGCCAUGGCCCAGCGCUGGGAGGCAGGGCAGUACGUCAGGGACGACGACUGAGGGAGCCCUCGGGGCCGGGGCCGCCGGGCUUCGCCGUGUCCUUACCCCGACUGGGAUCCACUGAUGCGCGGUCAAAAUACCUGCUCAGUCCAGCUCCUGGUUAUCACGAGAAUCAGAGACUUGUACACUGCAAAUCACAUCCAUUUUUAAUAUUACAGGUGAUCCUUCCAAUGCAUUAGGUGUGCUCGUUCCUUCCCCCUUCCCUUUGAGGUGCGUAAUAUAUUUUUUUUCUUAAGAGGGGAAAAAUGGAUCAUUUUCUUUUAAUCAGUUCUGCAAGGAGACAGCUAGAUUAAAUCAUACGGUAAUUUAACUUCUUUCUCAAUGGAAGCUGUGCCUCUGGCUUACAAAAAAGCUAUUUUAUCUCUAAGUGGUUUUAGGUUUUUAAGUACCACAGCAUCAGGCAUCGCGAGGAGGGUGCCCAGGCGAUGCACGCCUUCGGUAUCCGCAUCAAACUGGGAAAUCAACGUUUCUGCUUAACUCAUGUCAUCUGCUGAGAUGCAGCAAUACAAUAUAUAUAUAUAUAUACAUAGAACUGCUGUUUAUUUUGCUAAUUUAUUAAAGAGUCAUUGCCAUC